UAAUUAGAAUUGUUCUGUAACCCCAAAACUAUUAAUAUUCCGGAUGCUGUAAGAGCACUUUGCUAAUUUUCAUUUGGGAUGUGAUUCCACUGACGCAACGAAACUUAACCCACUAUACUAUAGCUCUUGACGAGGAGAACCCAUUAAGCGAACUCGAGUGACGUGCGACUCAAUUGCAGGCACUCGAGACAAGUUAAAAAAAACAAACACACAAAUUGGCAAUCGUUCAUUAAACGUCUUCAUAUUAUCGAUUGCCUUCAGUCACUGUCGCUCGUACUUCUGGUACAGCUACUUCUCUAUCACUUCAUCUUUCAAAGUGUGCCAUAACUAUCAAGUAACAUAUACUCAACACGCCCCCAAGUAAUUAUCGAGUAAAAUUAAUUAAUUGCCUGAGCAAAAGACACCGUGUCUAAUAACCUAAUGGAAUCAAUAAAGCCAGCAGAACAUUCGGCCUUCUUCUAAGCAUAAAUUCAAGUGAAACUCUUUACGCAAGGCGGUGCAAAAGCAACCAGACUCGCUGUGACCACAAAACCUGGUCAAUCAGUCUUUGUGCAACGCUCGUGGCAGCAGGAGCGGCUAAAAGCCACAGCUCCAAAAUCGGCAAACACGUUUCGAGUGGCGGUUUUUGGCCAAUUACUAUAUUUGCGGCACGAAACCGCCAAACCGCCAAACUACCAAACAUCACCCACCGCCAACGACUGUAAUCGGCCAGAGAAGCGAUGCUCGCUUCGGGUUGCGUGUAAACUUAGUUUCGCACUGUCCGGCGGAGCGGUAGCGGUAACAAAACGCUUGAUAAGCCGCCGUCAGACGUCAACGAGCCACUAAGGCGACAGGUUGCAGCGGCCAAGAAAAGCGCGCAGUGUGUACAACGAGAAACCAAAUACCCACAGGAAUUAAAUUGUCAAUUAAUUUGCAGUGCGGAAAAAAAUAACAGCGAAGCAUACAAAACGGAAAAAAAUGAAGAAAUAAAAUGCACAUACUGGCACCUAAUUAAAGUGCCACUCAGUGAGAGUGUAACUAGUGAUCUCUGGCAGACCAAAUGCAGAGAAGAAUUUUAAUGUUUACAUUAAGCUUUAUCAGCUUGACGCACGUACAGAAGACCACGAAUUAAACGGAAGCCGAUAUCAUCAACAUAAAGUACAAUUUAUCAAAAUCAAAAAAUAAUCAAAACUAGAGACUGUUGAACGAGAAUCAGCUGACAAAAUGAAACUAUCAAAGAGCUUCGAUGAAUUGAUUCUGAAUGCCUCGCGGUUGAGCUUGAAUAACUUGCGAUCUCCUGCGAAGAAAAAGGGGAAAAAUAACAUAAAUCGCUACGGAGACUCCAUGGGUUCGCUCGGACAUCGCGCCUUGUUGCAGUACAUCGAUAAUAAUGACAUUUCCGGCCUGCGUGCUAUUUUGGAUAGUCGACAUCUAACCAUCGAUGAUCGAGAUGAUAAUGCCACCACAGUGUUGAUGGUUGUGGCCGGACGCGGUCUGACUGCUUUCGUCCGGGAAUUCCUGGCCCGUGGUGCCGAUGUUCAGGCGGAGGAUUUGGAUAACUGGACGGCACUGCUAUGCGCCUCCCGCAACGGGCACUUUGAUGUUGUCCAACUGCUGCUAGACCAUGGUGCAGAGGUGGAGCAUCGUGAUAUGGGUGGAUGGACGAGCUUGAUGUGGGCAGCUUAUCGCGGACACACGGAGUUGGUGCGUCUUCUGCUGGACAAAGGAGCUGAUGGCAAUGCCCACGGUAACUACCAUCUGGGCGCCCUAUUGUGGGCGGCGGGGCGUGGCUACAAGGACAUCGUGGAGCUCCUGGUGCAACGCGGAGCCAAAGUGAAUGUGGGUGAUAAGUAUGGGACCACAGCUCUUGUUUGGGCCUGUAGGCGAGGAAAUGUGGAGAUUGUGGAUACGUUGGUAAAGGCUGGCGCCAAUGUGGACACCGCGGGCAUGUAUUCGUGGACACCACUCCUUGUGGCAGCUGCCGGUGGCCAUACAGAUUGUGUUAGUUCCAUUCUGGAGAAGAAACCAAAUGUGAAUGCCUUGGACAAAGACGGAAUGACCGCCCUUUGCAUAGCGAGUCGUGAGGGUUUCCAGGAUAUAGCCGCCUCCCUUAUAGCAGCGGGUGCCUACAUAAAUAUCCAGGAUCGUGGAGCAGAUACACCGCUCAUCCAUGCCGUGAAAGCAGGACAUCGAACUGUGGUAGAGGCGUUGCUCAAAAAGCAUGCUGAUGUGGAUAUUCAGGGCAAGGACCGCAAGACGGCCAUUUACACCGCAGUGGAGAAAGGACACACGCCGAUUGUUAAACUGCUGCUGGCCACCAAUCCCGAUCUGGAGUCCGCCACCAAGGAUGGCGAUACUCCCCUGCUGAGGGCCGUCAGGAAUCGUAACUUGGAAAUCGUCCACCUGUUGCUCGACAGGAAGGCCAAGGUGACGGCUAGUGACAAAAGAGGCGACACCUGCCUGCACAUUGCCAUGCGGGCGAGGAGCAAGGCGAUUGUGGAGGCUCUCCUGCGGAAUCCCAAGCACAGCCAGCUCUUAUACCGGGCCAACAAAGCUGGGGAAACGCCCUACAACAUUGACUCGCUGCACCAGAAAACCAUAUUGGGCCAGGUUUUUGGCGCCAGACGGCUGAACACCAACGAGGAUUCGGAGGGAAUGCUGGGCUACGAACUCUACUCCUCCGCCUUGGCGGAUGUGCUAAGUGAGCCGACGUUAACCACUCCCAUCACAGUUGGACUCUACGCCAAGUGGGGCAGUGGAAAGAGCUUUCUGCUUAACAAGCUGCGCGACGAGAUGAACAACUUUGCGCGUCAGUGGGCGGAACCACCGAUCCGAACCAGUGGCCUGCUCUUUAUCGUCUGCCUGCACCUGGCAUUGCUCAUCGGAACAAUUGUGGGACUGAGCACCUGGUCGGCGGUGGUGGGCGUAUCCGCGGCCGUGUCCUUUAUGCUGCUCGCCUAUCUGCUGCUGGCCGCUGUCAGGUACUGCAACUAUCAGAUGGACAUGCAGUGGGCCUACUCCGUGCAACACGGUCUGGAGAAGAGGAUGACGAGGCUGCGUCUGAUCCUGCAGGUGGCCUUUUGCCAUCCCCCGGGGCCCCAGUCGGAUUCACAGGCAAAACCCGUGCGGUUUCACUUUGCGGAGGCGAACAGUGCUUCGCCAACGGGCGAUGGAGCUGUGGCCCACAUGCUGGCCGCCCUCCUCGAUGCCAUCGAAUCCCACUACGGAUGGUUGGCCACCAGAUUGUACCGAGCCUUCCGUCCCAAGUGCUUGAAAGUGGAUGUGGGCUGGCGGUGGCGUCGCAUGUGCUGCAUACCCAUUGUGCUGAUCUUCGAGCUAGCACUCGUUACCCUGGUCACCGGAAUAUCGCUCAUCGUCGCCUACUUCACGUUUGCCGAUGAGAAGGAGAAGGAACAGAUACUAGUGGGACUGUAUGUGACCACUGCCGUGAUGGGCACGCUGAUCUGCACGCAUCUCCAUGUCCUCGCCAAGGUGUUCGUAUCCUUGUUUACCUCCCACAUUCGACUGCUGAAAAGAGCGGUUCGGUCCAGUGAGUCUGCUCCAUUGACCAUGCUGGGCGCCGAAGUGGCCGUGAUGACGGACAUGGUCAAGUGCCUGGAUGCGUUCACCACUCAGCAGAGUCGCUUGGUGGGCGUGAUCGACGCUUUGGAUUCCUGUGACACGGAGCGGAUUCUCACUCUGUUGAAUGCGGUGCAAACGCUUCUUUCUUCGCCUAACCGACCCUUUGUGUUGCUCAUUUCGGUGGACCCCCAUGUGAUUGCCAAGGCAGCGGAGGCCAAUAGUCGCCGGCUCUUCACGGAAGGCGGAAUCGGAGGACACGACUUCCUCAGGAACUUGGUGCAUCUCCCAGUUUACCUGCAAAACUCCGGACUCAGAAAGGUUCAGCGAGCGCAGAUGACAGCGCUGCUGUUCAAACGAAGUGGCGGAGGCGAUUACCAGACAGACGAUGGACCCACAUUGGGACACUCGGUUUCCGCUCGUCGCCUGUCCAAUGCCUCGGAGAUAAUCUCCAGUCAGGAGAAGCUACGCGGACCCGCCCGUGGAGGCGGUGGAAAGAAGCUGCGUCUCUCCGAAUCCGUCGCCAGCUCCACAGGCUCCAAUCUUCACCGCCUGGGUCAGAAUCCUCAGACAGUACUCGAUCUCUCGCGAAUCGUGCUCACAGAUGAUUACUUCAGUGAUGUGAAUCCGCGAAGUAUGCGCCGCCUGAUGAACGUGAUCUACAUCACGGUGCGUCUGCUCAAGGCCUUCCAGAUUGACUUCAGCUGGUAUCGCCUCAGUUCCUGGAUCAACCUCACCGAGCAGUGGCCCCUGAGGGCCAGUAUGAUAGUGCUGCAUCACGAUCAGUUUAUGGAUGGCAACGCGGAUGAGAGUGUGUCCCUGCAAAGCGUUUAUGAGAAACUGCGUCCAAAACUUGCUUAUUUGAGAGAGGCAGCCCCGCUCUUGGAAUUAGAUCGGGAUGAACGCAAGCUGGAUGCCUUCCUGCAGUUGCACAAAUCAGAUUUGCUCGUGGCGGAUUUACGCAUCUUCUUGCCUUUUACCAUUAACUUGGAUCCUUACUUGAGGAAGGUCUUAAAGGAGGACCAGCAAACCAUCGAGGACGAGGGCUCCCUAGUAAUACAAGCCAGACCCAGCGUUUCCAACACAAUGCGUCAAUUUCCGGCGCCCACCACCUAUGUGCCUUCGCCGCCGGUCUAUCCGCCCUACCAAAUGUUCCAGAAUCCAGAGUAUCCUGCCAAUGAGCUGCGCUCCAGGAAUCUCAGCUCGAGCACAGAGCCCGUCACUCCACUUAUUAACUCACCAAGUGAUUCAUUUGGCGAGGACAUCCUGCAAACCAAGCUGACCGAUUUAACUGUAGAGGGAGUAAUUAGCCUGCUGGAGAGGAUUGAGGACAUGAAACCGGCGCUGGCCAAACUAGCGCCCGUGCUCCGCGAGAAUGCCAUCAAUGGUCGUGUGCUGAAGCACUGUGAUAUGCCCGAUCUGAAAUCGGUUCUGGGCCUGAGCUUUGGUCACUGGGAGCUGUUCCGCCUGCUGAUCACCACACUGCGGGAAUGCGAGCGGUUGCCAAGGAAGCAGACGCGCCAGCAGCAGCAACCACCCGCCCUAGAGGCGCCGUCGAGUGUCCCGAUGAUCAAGGAUGUGACGGAUGCCCUGAUGCAGCCACCCAGAGAGUCCUUGUCGCGGAAGAACUCCGUUAGUCAUAUGGAGAAACAGUCAAAAGUGCAUGACUACGAGUAUUUGCAGGUCACGCUGGAGGAGCAGAUGAUCUGCGGCACCCUGCAGACUCUGAACGAGGAGGCCUACGAGGAUGUGGCCAGCAGCGAGCGACCGAGUCCCACAGGUGAGAUGUUGGCGGCAGCCGCACAACUGCAAUUAGCACCCAUCCGCGAGUCCUCUGAGUUCGGAUCGCCAUCCGACGAUCAGAAGCAGUACGGGGUCAAGAUAGGCCACAUCAACAACAACCAGUACUUGCAUGCGGAGUACAACCGGAGCGUGAGCUCGCAUUCCCUGCAGAGUCUGAGCACUCUGGUGGGUGCUCCCAGUGGCCAUGGUGGUCCGGGUGGUCCGGGUGGCGGUGGCCUGCACCUGGGCAAUGAACUCGACUCGCCGAGUGCCGGAGCCGCAAUGACGACGCCAUUGCUCGGCUCCUCUGGCAACACGCAGCCGCCGUCUGGUCGGGAUUCCAUAUUGAAGCAGCAGGGAAGCGUCAAGGCCGACAAGCGGGUAUCGAUCCAACAAACGGCGCCCACGGCUAAUAACAACAACAAUAGCCCCAAGCUGGCACCAAAUGUGGAAUAUGUUUCCGAGCGUCAGCCGGAUGUCCACGGAGCCAGCAAGCGUCUAACGACCAAGCCGCCACCAGGACCCCGACCCGCUUCGCUGAUCAUCACCCGAAACGAUUCCAACUCACAGUUCCAGCUGCUCCGCUCGUCAUCAGUGGACUACGACGAUGUGGAGGCCCAGGAGCACCGCACUACGAUUAGGACCACCUUGCUGGAACAGCAGGAGGAGGAGGAGUCGGCCCCGUUCGUGUUUACAGUGCGCAAAUGAUACAAUCUUCUCUACUAGGUGAAACUAGUGCCAGCUACGCUUAGUUACAAAUUAGUUAUAGUGCAAUUAACCAAUAACUAUAGGACUUUUUGGUAACUCUGACUUUUGGGUUACACAACGAUAUAGUACGCUAGGAAAAGACACCUUGCUUGCAAGUCUUGGAUGUAAGCCACAGUAAAGUUUACUACUUGUUAUAAAUGUAUGAUGCAUGUGCAUAUGUGUAUUUAUUAAUUAUACAAUGAAAGUGAGAAAACAUUGAGCGAGAUGAUUUACAAAUUGAAACUAGAUUAAAGCCACUUGGCAAUCGCUUUACCUUUGAGCGGCAGAUUUAUAA